AUGCCGCGAAAGAGCACUAGAACUGCUUCAGGAAGUUCUCCUGAUAAACCAGCAGCUCGUAGAACACGACGUGGACAAAAAAGUACUGAAGAAGUUGAUACAGAAGUAAUUGAUGAGAUUCCACCGCAUUUAUUAAAGCCAUCAGAUGAAUCGUCUGAACAAUCUGACAAUGAUUCAGACUAUGGAAGUCCUAAAAAAGGUCGUGGAAGGGGUCGAGGACGUGGGAGAAAGCCAAAAGAACCUGUUGUUGAGGAAAAAGAGAAACAAACACCAGCUAGGCCACGUAGAGGUCGACGUGCAGCAGCACAAAGUCCAAUACAGGAGGAACAGCAUUCACAAGAUUACCAGGAAUCAGCGAAUAGUCAGACAACAAAUGAUGAACAAGAUGCAUCAACAAUGGACUCGACAACAUUAGAAAAGGAAAAAUCUCCAGAACCUGAAACUGUUGAGUCUAAUGCCGAGACAAUUAAGCAAGAGGAACCACAGACAACUGUUAUUGCUGACGAACCAAUUCCUGAAGUAAAGGAAAUUGAAGUUGUAAAAGUUCAAGAAACAAAAGAAAAUGAGCCUGAAAAAGUACAGCCAGAACAUAUUGAGGAAAAAGAAGUAGAACCGAUUGAGCCCAAAUCACCACCAAAAGAUAUUGAGCAUCCAGAACAGCCAAAAAAGCAGGAAGCUCCUGAAGAAUCCGAAGAAAUUGUGAAACAAAAGGUAAGUGAAGUAACAAUUGAACAGGAUUUACAGUCCAAUAAUGACCAGGAACCUGUUAAUGAAGAAGUCAAAGCUGACAAUCAAGACGAAAGUAAUGUUGAAAAUAAAGACAUGAGUAGUCGUGAUGAUGAGGUCGUUAGUGCUGAAAUUGAUGACAAACAUGAAUCAUUAGUUGAUGACGAAGUGUCCAAAGAAGCACCCGAAUUGCCAAUACAAGAUCAAAGUGAUUCACGUUCAAGAUCCAGAUCAAAUUCAUCAGAAACAGAAAUUGAGCAGGCUAAGGUUGCAUUAAAACGUUCACGUUCUAGUUCAGGAGAAAUUCAUGAUGAAUCUGUUGAUAAAAUGGAUGUAGAUGAUUCAAUUGAGAUUGAGAAUAAGAAGAAAGAAUCGCCAGUUAAGACUGCAACAAAAAUUGACCGUAAAUCACCACCAAAAACAACUGGUGAUGAAAAACCAGUUCAAAGGAAGAGAAAAUGGGGUGCAAGAAAGACUGAUGACGAACCAGUCAUUGCAAUAACAACAGAUUCACUUAAAAAUGUCAUUACUGAAGAAGUUCAGCCAGUUGAUGUUAAACUUGCAAGUAGUCCAUCUCCUGAGCCUGAAGAAAAACGUCAACGUGUUAAAUUAACGUCUGAGGAUCGUGAUGUUAAGAAAAAGUUAUUAAAGGAACGAUUAAGGAAGCAAGAAGAGGAAGAAGAUCGUCGAAAUGAACAAAUUGCCAAGGCUAUUGAAAGGAGUCAAACAUCACCAACCAUUAUUGUGACAAAUGGUGCUGGAAAAGAUCGUAAAGUUUCAGUUGUUAAUAAUGAGGAACCAUCAGAACCUCCAACACCAUCAAAAAAUCAAACUUCACGGAUUAUUUGCAUUACGAAUUUAGUUCGUCCUUUGACAUUCAUGGCUGUCAAAGCUCUAGUUGCCAGAACUGGUGAAAUUGAGGAUUUCUGGAUUGAUGCAAUUAAAUCAAAGUGUUUUGUUGUGUACAAAACUGAAGAUGAGGCAGUUGAAACUAGACACGCAUUGCAUGGUGUAAAAUGGCCUGAACACAAUCUAAAGACUCUAAAUGUGGAGUUUUCAACUGAAGAUGAGAUGAAUAAAAUCAUUGAGGCAACGAGAGGAGAGCGCAUCACAAAUGAAUCAGCAGCAAGUCGCGAAACAAAGCCGGAAAAGAGCUUUGGGUGGUCCAAACAAGAAUCCCAACCUGAAGACCGCUCAAAGAAUUCUCGUCGUGUUCGCGAAUGGGAUGUUGGCAAGAAGGAAGAAACUGAACGGGAUGAGGACAGAGAGAAUAGACGUCGUAAGCGAUCAUCAGAGCAAAGAGACAAGGUUGUUAAACGCCGUAGCGUUAGCAAGUCUCCAGUUCGCGAGGAACAAAAAGAUAUGACGCCCGUUCCGCAGCAAAGAUUACUCGACGAUUUGUUCAGAAAAACUAAGGCCCUUCCAUUUAUUUAUUGGAUGCCGUUAUCAGAAGAGCGAAUGGUGAAAAAUCAUUUGCAGAUCAAGGAGCUGGAAGAACAGCGUCUGAAAAAUAUUGCUGAACAUAAUCGUCGCAUGGAAGAAAUGGUGAAAAUGCAAAAAGAGCGUCGUGAAGCACGAGAAAUGCGUAUGCGCGAAGAAGAUAGAAAGAAUAAGGAUCGCAGACGAUCUCGUUCACCACGGGAUAAUAGACGUCGUUCUGUUGACAGAUCCCGAGAUAGAAAUGAUAGAAAUCGAAGAUAUGAUCGACGUUAA